UACCAUAAGACGCUGUUAUGCCAGCAAAAGUAUUGAUUUGCGAAUGGGGUUUCUCGUCCCCCAGCUAGCUUACUGUGCACCUUGGCGCCUAGGCUUCUCAGCUUAUUGCCAUUAGAUAGGGUGAAGUGUAGGCUAAAAUUCUCAUGUUCAGCUUCACGGAGUUGCUUUUUCUUGGCUGUGUUACAUCGGUUAGCCUAUAAUGGGGACUAGGAUUCACGUGGCGACCACAAAGCUUUUGAGCCGUAUGCAACAAGCAUGGCUGAAGAGACGCGGGCCCUCGCACUCUUCACCUGCUUUGACAGCUCAGCAACGUGCUGAUAUACUUGAAUGCUUUGAAAUGUUGGAUAGUGAUGGCAGCGGGGCCCUCGAUGUGCGAGAGAUGCGUGCUGCUAUGCGCUCAAUCCUUGGUGCAAUGUCUCGGGACGCGGUUGAAGAGCUCAUGUUGAAAGCGGAUUCGUCCGGCAAUGGCGAGCUGGAAUUCAACGAGUUUCUCAACAUCAUGGGUCGAGCGCUCUACUAUCCCGACAAGCACGGCAAGACCGAGCUCAGCUUCUCAGAUGUGGUUCGCGCCUUCCGUCGCAAGAAGCUGAUUGAGUCACUCAUCCGGGGAGGCGACGCGCGAGUCAAGGUGCUCGAAUUCCACGAAAAGGUACAGGAGCUGAUCCGCGCUGAGACGGAGGAGCUGCGGCAGCGGCACGCGGCGCAGGCCGUCAUGCACCGCAUCGAGACCGCCAAGGCGGAGCGCGAGAGGGCGCACCGGGCAGCCAGCCUGGCGGCUCAACGCUCGCUGAAGGACAAGGCCAAGCUGCAGGCGUCCAUCGGCCGCUCGCUGCACGCCUUCGAGUCGCUCUACCGCCGCCACCACGAGGCCGGACUUGCAGCCGAGCAGCGGGAGUGCGCGGGCGCAGCGGCUGCAGCAGCAGCAGCAGCCCGGGGGGAGGAGGGAGAUGCCCUGGAGCCGCCGCCCUCCAGCUCGGGGAUUCCAGAGGGGUCCCCGCCGAGCCUUCCUUUCGGACCGGUGGGCGGAGGCAGCCGUGGCAGGUUCGGGUCGUCGAGGCGGAGGCAGGGAGAGGACAUGGUGGCGGGCAGUCGCGGCGGCGGCGGCGGCACGGGUGCUGGGGAGGGCGGGGAGGCUGGGCUCGGCAGCGGGCCCGAAGGCGAGGUGGCACAGCGAGCGGCACCCAAUGGACCGGAGCGCCCCGUGCCUUCCGGCCCGCCCCAGAGCUACUUCUCUUCGUCCUCCCUGCCCGCAUCCAACCUGUCCCUCGAAACCGCUUCCGCAAAGGCGACCCGGCGGGUCAGUGCCGCAGUGAUCAAGUACUUCAAGCAGCUGGAGGAGCUCGCGCGGAAGGAGGAGGAGAAGUUCAUUGAAGCCGCUCGCCUGAACGCAACCUUCAUGCCGGCCCCGCAUCGAAGCGGCGACGGCAAGCAGUCGCCCCAAGCAGCCCCUCGCACCUCCCAGCGAGGCACCCCACCCACCGCCCCUACCUCCUCCUCCCCCUCCGCAGCCGCCGCUAGCCCGUCAUCAGGGCCGGACAACGCCACGGCUGGCGAGCCCGCAGCUGCCCCCGGCUCCAUUCCCGCUCCCGGGCUUGCGCCCAGUCCUGAAACGCCAACCCUGGAGCCCAGUGUGCUGGAUGCGGCAGGGGCUGGGGGUUCCGGAGACCCGGAAGCAACCUGCCCAUGCCACUCCCCGGAGCCCCAGCCGCCCCAGUCGCCCCAGUCGCCCCAGCAGACGCAAACCCCAAAGAGGCGGCGCCAGCAGCAGCAGCAACGUCGCGGAUCACCGCCACGGGCCUGCCCGAGCAGCAGUGCGGGCAAUGAGCUGGGCGGGGGGGAGAGCACCCCGGGGGGGCUACCUGGGUCGCCGCCACAGCAACCAGCACCAGCAUCGCCUGCUGCUGCUGCAGCUGCUGCUGCAUCACCCGUGCCGAUCCUCUCCCGCCACCCGACCUCCCCAGCUGACCUCCGACGCAGCCGGGACGCACUUGUCUCGCGCGAACAACGCCGGCGCAACAACCCCCCCGGCGCCGCCGCUGCAUGGGCCGAGCCGCAUGAGUCCCUCUUGGCGCCCGGCAGCCCUCCGGCCACCUCCCGGGAGGCCCCCGUGCUCAGCCCCUCCAACUCCGGCUUGUUGCCCUUCGGUGCGCCCAGCAGGGCCUGGCGUCAGACGCCGGCCUUCGGGCAGCCGGCGCCCGCAUACGCCUGGGCGACCCUCCUGUCAAGUCCCCGCAGAGCUGGCGGCGUCACCAGCAGCAGCGGCAAUGGUGUUGGUGGCGGCGCCGGUGCUGGUGCGGUUACUGCAAGCAGCCUAUCCGCUGCUCGCGGCGGCUUUGCAACCAGCAGCCUGCAUGCGGAGGCGCUUAGCCCGCAGCGAAGUGCGGGAGACAUGCAGGCCGGGUAUGAGGGGAUUGCCGCCGCUACCGCCAGCGGCGGCGGCGGUGGCGGCAGCAGCAGCAGCGCUCCCCUGCCGCCAGUCAUGACGCGCGCCGCCGCCAGCUUCAGCUUUACCGCUCAAGGCCCGAUGGGUGCAGCAGCAGUCACAGGGGUGCCGGAGGUGCUGCUGACGCCUCCUGCAUCUUCGCCGCCUCCCUCGACGCCGCUAGGGGCGCCAGCAACGUCGGUAGACGACCUGACCCCAGCAACAACAACGGCAUCAACCUCAUCGGCAGCGCAGUCGGCGGGAAGUCGUGGCCAGCGCAGUAGCAGCAGCCUUGAGCUGCCUCCACGUGCACUCCUCAUGCAGCCCGACGGCAUCACGGAGUUUAGCACCGCCACCGGCGUUGCAGCAGCAACAGCAGCAGCAAGCGCAGCAGCAGGCUCGCCACAUCCUUCUGGAAGCGGCCCCUCUAGGGCAUCCUUUACAGCGCCGGCCCACUGCCGUCCUUCAACCACCACCACGGAACAACCCAGCAACCACCUGCAGCCCCUGGCACGCGCGCCCAGCCUGCCGCAUGCGGGUUCCGUAACCGCCGCCGCCGCCAGCCCCCACAGUCUGCACAGCCCUCGCAGCUUCCAUGCAAGUCGAGCCGACUCGCACUCCUUCUCGCUUGGGCCUGGAUCCGGCAACCAUAGCUUCCUGGCAUCGCCAGCUCGCAAGUUGAGCACGAGUUACAGUCACGGGCCGUUCCACACGACCUCCCGGGGUCCGGGAACGAUGGCCUCGGCGUCAGGACCGGCGGCCGCAGCGCUGAUGGAAGGGGUUGUGAGUGUGGGGCGAGUGUCUGGGAUGCCACCCGCUGGGUGCGCCGAGGGUGCGCUUGGGGGUGAUGGGGAUGCACAUGCACUGCUGGAAAGGCGCCGGCGGGGGACACGGUCGUUGCGAGCCCUGGUAGAGGCAGCCGGGGCUGAAACCGGGGACGGGACGGCAGCGGGAGCGGCAGCAGGCGUGGGGGAAGUGGAUGAGGCGGACGAGGGCGGCGGAGGCCUGGCGGCGGCGGGGGCAGCCGGGGCGUUGGCAGUGGUGGGAAGGGCGAUCCUGGAGGGGGAGGCGCAUGCCGAGGAGGACGGCAGUGGCAGGACGACCUCGCAUGCAGGGAAGGCUGCUUCUGCUGCUGCUGCGGCGGCGGCGGCAUCGGAAGCGGCAGGUUUGAAGACCAAGCGGGCGGUCGCGGUCCCGGUCGCAGAGAUUGCGGAGGUUGAUGCCGCCAAGGAUGCCGUGCCGCCGGACGUGUCUGAGAUCUCAGAUGCGGAUGAGGCUGAUGCGGAGCAGGGCUCGCAAGCAGCAGCAGCAGCGGGCCCGGAGUCAGCUACAGCUGCAACAGCAGCAGCAGCAGAGUCCGUGGAGGAAGAGGCAGCAGAGGGGACUGCUGCUGCUGCUGCGGAGGAGGAGGAGGAGGAGGAGGUGGUGUUCGCGGGAGGUGAGGCGAGCUCCUCCGAGACCGAGGCCGGACACGAGGUGGGGCCCCCAGCGGAGUUGGAGCGGGAAGAGGCAGUGGAGGCAGUGGAGGCUGCCUCCGCAGUGUCGGACGUGUCAGGCGGGGCAGGGGAGCCUGCUGGCGACGGAUGCGGCGCAGGGGCGCAGGGAGCUGCUACUGCCAACGGAGAGGCCCUGCCAGCGCCCCCUGAGGUGGAGGUGUCCGCAGCCACCUUUCUGACGGCGGCGGCUGCAGCGGCAGCGGGUGUGCCUCCGCGGAACGAGGAUGAGGCAGGGAGCGAAGGUGGGGCAGCACGGCCCCUAGCGCAUGCAGCCUCCGUCCCCAUCGCACCCUCCGACGCAUCCACCCUAGCCGAUGUCAGUCCGCGCGGCCCUGCGGAGGAGCGCCGACACACCUUCCCGGCGCUCAAGAACCUCCCCGCCUACUGCCGCCCCAACACCGCCGACCAUUCCUCGCCCCCCUCAUCCGGCUGCCCCUCCUUCCGAGGCGCGCCACCGCCUACACAACAGCGCUACUCCCAGCGGCCUGCUGCCCUGCUGUCGCUGCAGCCCCGCCCUUCCAUCCCUAAAUCCCCAGCUGCCUCCUCCCACGCCUCCUCACACACAGCACCCGGCGGCGGGGCCGUGUCGCAUCCCGGCGACCCGCCACCCUCCUCAUCCGCCACCCUGCCCCGCGUCCCCUCAUCCGCCUCCUCAUCCGCCUCCGGUCCCACCACCUCCGGCCCCACCGUCUACUUCCCCACCAACUACAGCGCUUUCACAACCUCUCCCACCACCACCGCCGCAGUCGUCUCCCCCGUCGCGCCGCCCGCUGCUCGCCCCUCCAGCCAGGCAGCUGGCAGCUACCGCAGCCGCUCCAACGGCUCCACCGCAUCCUAUGCACCCCGAGGAGCCUACAUGAGCCUGCAGCUCUCCUCACAUCGACUUGGCGCCGGCAACAGCAGCGGCAGCGGCGGCGGUGUUGGUUCCGGAGCUCAUCAGCCUUUGCGGCCAACCGGCCGAGUGGGCGGCGCAGCAGCAGCGCAUGGUGCCGGCCGGGACGCCGCAGCAGGCGCAGCAGCUGGGAACGGGACGUCCGGGACGGGUGCUUCUGUGGGGCCGUCCACUCGGCCCGGCAGUCCCCGGUCGCCGCUAGACCAGGCGCUGCCGACGCGUCACAACGACCGAGUCGUCAUCACGUUCUUCGGACAGCACCUCCCAUGCGCCAGCAACGGCGCAGUGGUGCUGCCGGCGGUGUCCGGCUGUUCGCCCUCGCAGCCCUCCUCGCAGUCGCCCGCACCUGCUGCGCUGCCGCCGCCGCCGCCGCCGCCACCCCAGCAGCAGCAUCAGAAGCUGAAGCAGCAGCGCUCGACUGGCGGUCAUGCGACACCCACCAGGAGGACCCACAUGGCGGUGUUCGCACCGCCACUGCCGCCGCCUCCGCCGCCGCCUCCCACGCCGCUGCUGCCCCGCUCCAGAACCAGCGGCACGGGCAUGGCGACAUCGUCGUCGUCAGCGGCGGCGGCGGCGGCGCCGGCAACCCCGGCCGGAACCCCCACUGCCGCCGCCAGCGGCGCUACCAACACCCUUGUGGUACAUGCAACCUCCACCGCAGCGGCCGUCGCCGGCGGCGCAACCACCUCCUCCUCAACGGCGACGGAUGCGAAUGUCUGGACGGCGACGUCGGCGCUGCCGGCACGGGCGCCGCUACGACGCAGCGGAACAAACGUCCGCGGCAACGGCGAAGCACGUACUCCGCCUCCCACUCCGCCGGCAGGAGGGAGCAGACCAGCACCUCCCCACGAUCCGCCGCCGCCGCAGCCGCCGCCUCCGUCACAUUCACAACCCCCCGCAACAACCUCGGUCCCAACCGCAACGCCCGUCCACACUCUGCCUCCAGGUGCCCCCCUACCUGCCGCCCAUGCCGGCGACGUGUCGGCGGGUUCCUUUGCUCCCGCGGUCUUCGCGCCCGCCAUCUACGCACAGUCGCCGUACGGCAUCCCAGGGUACGGCCCGGCAGCCUACGGUCCUGCGUCGUACUGGCCUGGAUCCUACCCGCCUCAGGAGCCGCCGCAUGCACAACCGCCGGCGCAGGGCGGUUACGGCGGUUGGGGCGACCAAUGGGUGCUGGUUCUGGAUCAGUACUUCGGGCUGGGUCCGGGUCCGGAAGGCGCAUGGGGGCCGGCGCACACCCCAGGGGCUGGCGGGGAGCACAGGAACCGUGGGGCCGGCCAGCAGCACCCGCGGUCCAAGUCAUCUACACCCACACCCACACGCGGAGCAGUUGCUGCUGCUGCGGCCGCAGCUGGUGCGGCUGCCGCUGCAACGAACGGCAGCAGCACGGCUGACAACAGCUGCGUUGCGGAAUCUGGCGGUGCCACGGGCGUUACUAGCAUCCCCGACCCCACCGCGCAUGUCUUCUCCGGCGACAGUCCAGCCAGCACAGGUGGGCCAGCAGGAAGAGCCGCCGGGGCCGCUGCAGCGACUCCGAUGACGCCACCAGCGGAUGACGCGUCCUCCUGGGAUGGAUCUACGGACGGUGCAGAGCUGGUGUUGGGACCCGCUCCGCCCAGUCGUCGGCCGUUCAACGUGCCGAUGCUAGACCGUGUGGCGGCUGGGGCGCUGGGGCCCUGGGAGGCACCCACGGUCAACAGUCCGGGACCCGUGGGUCAUCAUGACAGCACGGAAGGCAUCAUGGGGUGAUUGUGGUGUAUACCAGUUGCAUUGAUUCUAGUUAGGACGGAGCCAAGGAGUUCAUGGAUGCAUGCUGCGGGUUUGCGCGGGUGUCAUGGAUAUGUUGCCGUUGCCGUUGCCGUGAUUGAUUGGUGUUGUUGCACGCAUGAUGUGGACAUGGCUGUAGGUUUACUGUGUCCAAGUGAUGCUCCGCAGCCUUCCAUUGUUGUUGCACACUCGGCUCCUUGGAAGUGGUUGACAGCUGGGUGCAUAGAUGGCACAUGUUGUGUCAGCUGCGAUCAGGGUUCCCCAGUUGUUUGUGUUCGUUGUGUUGAUUGCCAGGGAAGAUAUUAUUCAUGCAGUAGAAGAGUGGCGUGCCGGUGUGUGUUUUGCGACGCAAGCGUACACACACCACGCCCUACUCGCGGCCAGUUAUUUUAACACACCACGCGUUGGUUCAUUGUGAAGCAGGGUUUGCGGGCUUAUGAAGAGCCUGGCUUGCAGUUUGGAAACACACUGUGAAUCAUCGUUGCCCGAUUUGUGUGUCUACCGGUAGGGGUUUGCCAGGCCUGAGGUGCGCAGUUAGUCCCACAUGUGGCACCGCAGCACCUGCACGUAAGGCAUUCCGGUCCUCUCGGGUUGGUGACUUUAUUGUUUCGACGUGAACAAACUGGUUUCUUACUUCCCGUAGCGACACGGUGAUGGUAAUCACUAUGUGUUAAGAGUACCAUGGUGUAUCGUGUCUGGUUUCCGCGAGGAGUGUCUCCGUGAGAAUCGGACUAUACUGGAAACGAGGAACCGAAAUCCGACCACGGGAAGUGUGACAAUGUUUGUGUGCGUGCCCCUUUCCAUUGGUGCCCCUUCGAGGGGGGCUGCCAGGGUUGAGCAUAGCAAGGCACCUGACAGGUCAAGCCAUUCACCUGUCAUGACAUGUUGGAUGGUUGGCGUGUCGUUACCGGUGCAUGUGGCCUGCAACCAUGCACCCAUGCAAGCGCUGGUGCUUCACGGCUGCAGGGUGAAGAAGCCCCGCCGGGUUUGGGGUUGGUGUCGAAGAAUAAAAGCAUUGUUGCAGACCUUCUGGUGUUGCAGACAGAACUGACAGAACUGAUGAUGGAGUGGCUGGGACGCGGCAUGACGUGAGCGAAGUACGUCGUACGUCAUUACAUGUUUGCUGAGGGGCCAGCCGAUCCGGCAUGUUGCGGUGCGAAGCUUGACGCAUGAUGGCUGUUGUGAGUUGGGCCAUGAGGGAUCGCAUUGCAGGGUUGGACUAGGGAGGGCGAGUUUGGGGACCAUCUCUGCCCCUUGGGUACGUGGUAAAUGCAUAUGGAGGAUUGCGCCAGGAAGAGCUUCCGUGCAAUGCAUAAAUUGGUUCCAAACAGUUAUGCUGU